UAAAUAAAUAUAACUCUCAUUACAAAUUUACUAUAUACAUUUACUAAUUUUUCAAUAUAUAUCCCUAAUUAAAACGGAAUAAUAUUUCUGUUUCUUAAAUAGUGUCCAAACCUUAAGGAUCAAAUAUGAGUGAUGGAAAGAGUAAGAGUUGACCUGCAAGUGAGAAUUGGACCCCACCCAUCAGGCAUUAUUGAACUCUGAAGUCAGCUGUGACUGAAAUCAAAUAAUCCAGCCGUGACUGACACGGAAGGUUGCAGCAAGGUCGAUCUUCUUCACCCAACCAAACCCAGAAAAUCAAUCAGAAUGGCUGUGUCGUGUGCGGGACUAAUCAUUUUAGCUGUCUCCGCAUUAUUGCUAUUAAUUAUAAGUGACUCUAUCUUUUCUUGGCAGUUCCCUGAUCCAUGCCCCUAUGCAUUAGAACACCCCUGCGGAAUAAUAUUCACCACACCAUUUAGAUAUGGGUGUGUGAAUCCUAGAUUCGAAGUAACAUGUGAAAACAACAAAUCCGUAAUUUACUUCAACUAUGGAAAACGUCAAGCCAGGGCCAUUAUAGUUUCUAAUUCAUCCUCCUCUUCAUUCCGUUACAUAAUGACCGGAGUUAGUCCUCAUAAUAACUGCCCUGCCAUCAAUUCUUUUUCUCUUCCGUAUGAAAACAUCUCAUUCAUUACCGCUGAUGAUGAUCGGAAUUACAUGGUGGUUUUGAGAUGCGAGAAAGCUGUAGAUGACUAUGCCUAUGGCUAUAGGGACAUUUCUUUAGAAAAGUGUGGUGGCGAAGAAAAGCAGUAUUAUUCAUAUGUUGUUAUGAAUGAUUACUACGGAACAAAUUUUGUUGUGGAAAACAUAGAAGAGUCAUGCAGAAUAGAGAUGAAGUUAACGGUAAAAAAGUGGGAUGAAAAGGUGAAAUGCAAUAGGAAAUGCAGGUAUCCAAAGGAUGUUCACAGUGAGUAUGUCAACGGAAUUGAGGUUCGUUGGCGACCGUACUGUGGGCAGCAGAAGCAAGACAGAGAGAGUGAUCGAGAAGGGAAAAGGAAACAACGAUUGCCACUCCUCUGCAUUCUCUACCAAACAGCAUUCACCUGCAUUGAUAUGACACCCAUGCUGUUUCUAUGGAUUGUUGGAAAAUUUGUUCUUGGAUCACCCUUUGUGGUUCUGGUCUUGAUAUGUAAAUGGAGAAAAAAGCAUCAAUCCAUAUAUGACACAGUUGAAGAUUUUAUCCAAACUCACAACAAUUUCAUGCCCAUUAGAUACUCUUACUCCCAAAUCAAAACAAUGACUAAACGUUUCAAGAAUAAGUUGGGUGAAGGAGGCUAUGGUUCUGUCUAUGAAGGAGAGCUUCGAAGCAAACGCAAAGUAGCUGUUAAGGUAUUGACCAAGUCUCAAACCAAUGGACAAGACUUCAUCAACGAAGUUGCAACAAUUGGAAGAAUUCAUCAUGUCAAUGUGGUGCAGCUAAUUGGAUUUUGUGCCGAAAGAACAAAGCAAGCUCUGAUCUAUGAAUUUAUGCCAAAUGGUUCUCUUGAUAAACACACAUUUUCACAAGAGCAAGGAAACUCAUCCUCAUUAAGCUACGAUAAGAUCUAUGACAUUUCUCUUGGAAUUGCUCGUGGAAUUCAAUACUUACAUCAAGGCUGUGAAAUGCAAAUCAUACAUUUUGACAUAAAACCUCAUAACAUUCUUCUUGAUGAGAAUUUCAACCCGAAGAUAUCCGAUUUUGGUUUGGCAAAGUUGUACCGAAUAGAUCAAAGCAUUUUGACUUUAACAGCAGCAAGAGGAACAAUGGGGUACAUGGCUCCUGAGUUGUUGUACAAGAACAUCGGAAACCUCUCACACAAAGCUGAUGUUUAUAGUUUUGGAAUGAUGUUAAUGGAAAUGGCAGGUAGGAAAAAGAACAUAAAUUAUAUAGAGAAUUAUUGGCAAGACUACUUUGCUAAAUGGAUUUAUGAUCAAUUUGAGGAAACAAUAGAUACAAACAAUGGAACAGAGGAGGAAAAGAAAAUUGCAAUGAAGAUGAUUGUGAUUGCGUUGAAAUGCAUACAAAUGAAACCAGAUGAUCGUCCCUCAAUGAAUGAAGUGAUAGAUAUGCUUGAAGGAGAUGAAGUGCCUCAACACCUUCCUCCUGAUCCUGAAUCUCUCUUAACAUGGCAAAGGAUGUCAGCUGAUGCAAAUGAAUCCGACAACAACUAGCCUUCAUCAUGAGCUACAUAUGGAGUGGAAGUGCAAUAAAUAAGCAUGAAAAUGAAAGAAACUAAUUCUAUUGUUUCCAGUUAUCACAGACUUAAAGGGUACACGAUUAUAUAAGUACUAGUUUUUUCUUCACUUUUAUUAACAUAUGUUAAUCUGGAAAAUAUCACCUUUACAUACACUUACAACAUGCAUGUUAAGUACAAUGUAAACUAUUACAACUUGCACCAUGAACAAUCUUAAAGACUUUCUCGAUAUCUCCCCUCUCAUCAUGCAAUUGAUCUCUCCUUCAUAUUCUGAAUACAACAAAGCAAGUUCCACAAUUUGACAACGCGUGCGCAAAUAUAUCAAGGUCCAACGGAACUUUUCAAAGCCUUGAGAAAAUAGUGUGCCAUAUUCUUUUGAGAGACUCGUUUCAUAUCAAUCACCCAGAGAUCUGCUUUUAUUUUAAGUAAAAAAAUUAUGUUGACCUUUGUUUGU